UUUUAAGAUCGGUUUACAAUGACAAAAUUCCAUUGUAAUGAAUACUGCAUUACAGAGUAAAUAAGGACUAAGUGUUGGGCUUUUUCGUUUACCCAAGUCCUAUCUUGAGAUUAUCUACCGAGAUUUGUUAACAGGUGCCCCAGUGUGAGGGUUGGCAUUUCUUUACCUGUAGACUUUUAAUCAGGUAGGAAGUACUAUCAUUGGAUCCCACCACAAUGUUUGGACGGCAGUUCCUGUGUUUUAUUUGUCUUCUGAAGUGCACCACAAACGUACUUGCAUACAACCUUGUUAUCAUUCACACAAACGAUGUGCAUGCCCACAUUGAGGAAAUGAACAAGUACACGAGUGCAUGUAAACCCGAUGACAAGAACAAUGGAGAAUGCUAUGGCGGAGUUGCACGAAGAUUUACAAAGAUUAACGAGAUUCGGGACCAGGACCCAGACCACACCCUUCUGCUUGACGCUGGGGACCAGUAUCAGGGGACGUUAUGGUUCAACAUCUACAAAGGGAAGGAAGCCUCGCGAUUCAUGAACGAGAUGAAUUACGAUGCUAUGAGCCUGGGUAAUCAUGAAUUUGACAAUGGUGUUGAUGGACUUAUACCUUUCAUGGAAAACGUUACUUUCCCAAUUGUCUGCUGCAAUCUUGACACGACCCAUCAGCGAAACAUGGAAGGACUGUUCAAUUCCUCAGUAAUCAUAGAUAAAGGUGGCAAAAGGAUCGGCAUAAUUGGGUACCUCAUAGAAGAAACUGCCUUUAUAUCUAAUCCAGGAAAUCAUCUGCUCUUCAAUAAUGUCAUUGAAUCCGUCAAAAACGAAGUCCAGCGAAUCAAAUCACAAGUAGACAUUUUAAUUGGACUUGGUCAUUAUGGUUAUGGAAAUGAUAUAAAAUUAGCAGAAGCCGUGCCCGACCUUGACAUCAUUAUUGGGGGACACACCCACACUUUUCUAUACAAUAUGACAGGUCCUUUUCCUUCUAAUGAUAAUCCUGAAGGACCUUAUCCGACAAUAGUAGACCAUGGUGCAAGAAAAACCUUAAUAGUGCAGGACUACUUUGCUGGAAAAUAUCUAGGAUUUAUCAACGUUACGUUCGACACUAGCAAUAAUGUAGAAUCCUGGACUGGUCUGCCAUUUCUACUGGACAACUCAACUUUACAAGAUCCUCGGAUAUUAGCGGAGGUAGCUGAAAUGAGUAAGUUAUUGGAAACAGAAAAACAAAAGAUAGUGGGAUAUUCAUCCGUGUACUUAGAGGGAGAUUCUAAGAUAUGUCGCUUAAUGGAAUGCAAUCUUGGAAAUCUUAUAACGGAUGGAAUGGUCAGUUUUCAUUCAAGAAGCAUCCCAAUGAAUAACUCCUGGAGUAAUGCUGCCAUUGCAAUUCUUAAUUCUGGUGGAAUACGUGCACCAAUCGAAAAUGGUAAUAUAUCUCGGGGCGACGUGUUGACAACAAUGCCGUUUGGAAACAGUGUGGAUCUUAUCAAUCUCCAGGGAAAAUAUCUUCGACAGGCAUUGGAGCAUUCCGUAGAGCGUUAUGACAAGCUCAACAGAAUCGGAGCUUUUCUUCAAUUGUCAGGACUGAGAGUAACUUUUGACUUGUGUAAACCUGCUGGUCAAAGAGUCGUGUCUGUUUACACACGCUGUAGAAAGUGUACAGUUCCAAGAUAUUCUGUGUUAGAUGACAAUAAAAUAUACACUAUAGUUACUCUGGAUUUCGUCAUUCGGGGAGGGGAUGGAUACAAGGUCAUUAAGGACCAUCAUACAGAUCAUCAACGAUAUAAUAACAUCGACAGUGAUGUCUUCACAGCAUAUCUCCAGUCACACAGUCCAAUAAUUAAAGGAGAAGAAGGACGGAUAACUCUGUUAGAAGACUGCACCAGUAAUGGAGUUGUCAAACAUAAUACGUUCAAAUUUUAUAUUAUCACUCUAUGUAUUUUUGUUAUUUUUAGAUAAAUAUUUCAGAUUAA